GCACUUCCCACGAUUCUACCAGCAGCAACCUUGGGAUUUGCUUGCGAAUGUAGCUAGUUUCGAGACGACAUUUGUUUUCUAGGUGCUAAAUCUGCGCCAGAGCAUUCUCGAGAGAUCAGUUUAUUUUCCGUUGUCCUCCGCCUCUCGCUCUCUUUGCCCGACUCUGCUGUCCCUUUCCCGUAGCGAGCAUGCUGGGCCGACGGCGCAAGCAGCAGCAGCAGCAGCCGAAGCAGCAGCGCGUGCACGAAUCCGGAGCGGCGGAGCGCGAGGCGGAGGUCGAGCGGACUAUAGUGGUGGAUCAUGGAGAUUACUCCUCCUCCUGCGGCUACUGCCGAGGCGCGCGCGGGUCGAGCCACUCCCACGGAAUCACCGCGGAGACCAUGACAGUGCAAGAUUACCAAGACCUUUUAGAUCGUGGCUGGCGUCGCUCGGGCUGCUUCCUCUACAAGCCAGAUAUGCCCCGCACCUGCUGCCCCGCCUACACCAUCAGGCUCGUGGCGAGGCGGUUUCAGCCCAACAAGGAGCAGCGCAAAGUGCUCAAACGCAUGGAGAGGUUUCUCAGUGGGGAAAUCGACCUCCCUGCUCCCAGAGACCGCUCUGCAAACCUUCCCGACCCUUCUUCGAAUCCAGGUUCAGGUCUGGGUUUAGGUUUGGCUUUAGGUUUGGGUUCAGGUUCGGGUGCGAGUGUGCAGCCGCGGGCAGAGCCAGUGAACGGGCAGUCACGAGGGCAGAAGGACGGCCUCCGGGCAGCUUCCAGUGAGGGACGGCUGCAGCCAGCGACGGCGGGACCCCUGGCAGCAGUGCAUGCGCAGGUGGAAGGGGCGUUGAAGCGAGUGCUAGCGCAGUGGUGGGAGAACGGGGCGGUUCCUUCGGGCAUGCUGCUGCCUGCCGUGACGCUCCGACCCGUCCCAGCUAACGUCAGGUCGAGACUUGGGGAGGGGAAGGGAGGGGAGGGAGUGAAGGGAGGGGAGGGAGGGAAGGGAGGGGAGGGAGUGAAGGGAGGGAAGGAAGCGAAGGAACACAGAGUGAUCGAGGGGAGGCGCACUGGAAAUACAGAUGUGGAGAGUAGCGGUCGGGGGGGUGGAGGAGACGUAGGAGGGGCAAGAGGGGCAAGAGGGGGUGAACAGAGAGGCGCUUCUGUUGCUCCUCUGCCAGUGCUGACGUCAAACGUUGCGUUCCUGCUCUUCUCUGCAUACAAGAAGCUACAACAGCAGCAGAAGAAGCCGCAGAAUCAGGGGGAGAUGACCCCGCAGCUAUCAGACGGGCGGCACCCAGAGCAUGCAGUGCUUCUAAGCUCCAGUGCGCAGGAUAUAGCAGUGGCGUUGGUGCAGGAGGUUGAAGCGGGAUUGCAGAGUGGCGAGCUGCCUGAGGGAGUGAGCGUGAGGGCUGUGAACGGGCAUGUGAAUGUGCUGGCGCCUGCUGCUCUGCUGCGAGGCGAGGAGUCCACGGGCAGACGCAUAGCCACAGGCAACGCUGGUUUGCCUGGUGGUGGGAGUAGAGGCGUGCAGCAACAACAUCACCAGCAGCACCAGCAGGACCAGCAGCAACAACAACCACAGCAGCAGCAGCAGCAGCAGCGCACGCCACGAGUGCUGGAGAUAACGACCCACCGCUCUGCAUUCACCCAGGAGGAGUUUGACCUGUACCGCAAGUACCAGAUCAAGGUGCACGGUGAUGCACCCAGCACCGUCACCAGACGAGCCUAUGAGAAUUUCCUCGUCAACACUCCCCUCAUACACGUCCCUCCACCUGCGCCUCCCCCAGUUGCGCCUCCCCCAGCUGCCCCAUCCCCAGUUGCGCCCCCCCCUGAAGCACAAGCACCACUGCCCUCCUGCGGCUACGGCUCCUUCCACCAGCAGUACCGCAUAGACGGGCGCUUAGUGGCCGUGGGCGUGGUGGACGUGCUGCCGCGCUGCCUCUCAUCUAAGUAUCUCUUUUGGGACCCCGACUUUGCGUUUCUGUCUCUGGGGAAGUUCUCGGCGCUUAAGGAGAUCGAGUGGGUGCAGCGGGAGCAGCAGCGGCGGCCUGAGCUGUUACUGGAUUCGUACUACAUGGGGUAUUACAUCCAUUCUUGUCCGAAAAUGACAUAUAAGGCAGCAUAUGCACCGUCGGAUCUGCUCUGUCCUCUGCGCUACCUGUGGGUUCCCUUCUCUCUUGCACGCCCUCUCCUGGACCACUCCCCCUACGCUGUACUCUCCUCUGCUCUGCCCAAACACCCUCAACACCCACAACACCCUCAUGCACCAGAGAACCUUUUUCCUACAGUAGCCGCCUCCCUCCAUCAGCCACCCUCCUCCAAUGCUCACGCAGCAUCGAGUGAGGGAGUGGAAGGGAGGAGUGCAGGGGGGCCAGGAGAGGACGGAGCAAGGGACGUGGUGGGGGGCUAUAGAGGGGCGGGGGUGGGAGAGACAGAAGCGGAGAUUGAAGUGCAGCGGGAGCUGCAGGCUGCAGCUGAGAGAGGGGAGAUUGGAGGAGUAGAGGAGAUGGACGAGGCGAGUAGCAGAGGGCCUACUAACGAGUAUGGAGUGCAGGGACGGGUGGGAAGGGCUCUGGAAGGCAGGGGAGGGCGGCAGGGAAUGGAGGAGGGAAUGGAGGUUGAGAAGGGGAGGGGAGGGGAGAGAUGGGGGGAGGAGUUGAGUGCGGGGGAGCGGGAGGAGCGGGGGAGGGAGGUUGCGUCGGUGGUGCUGGCCAUGCCGCUGCUCAUCAAUGGGUCCAUGAUGAUCAGCUUCGCUCAACUGUUGGAGACCGGUUGGCUCUCCUCUGCUUCCACCCGGUCCAUCACAGCAGCCCUCAAAACCUUCUGUGAAGCUGCGGGGCCUCAGGUGGCUAGGCGUGCGCUCUACACUGUCAGAUAGCUGCAAUGUAGCUUAGUGUUUACGGCUGCAUAGGGCGGUUGGUGAUGCUUCUGGUAAUGGUUGGGCUGUUUGCAUUCUUUUACAGCGUGCUAUGAUUACCAACGCGACAAUACCAUGUAUGUUACGCUAAAACCAUUUGGUUAUGAUGGUUACAAGGUUC